AUGGACCCGCACGCCGUGAACGCGAUGGGCAUGCAGGGCGGCAUGUCGAUGCCCAUGUCGAUGGCGAUGGCCGGCGCGAACGGCGCCAACCCGCAGGCCAUGGCCAUGGGCAUGAACGGCAUGGCCAUGAACGCGUACGGCGUCCCGCAGCAGCAGCAGAUGAUGAUGAACAUGAACCAGAUGAACCAGAUGAACAUGGGAUCCAUGGCCAUGAAGAUGAACCCGAACGCCAUGAACCCGGCCGCGGCGGCCGCGGCCGCCCCGGGGAUGCAGGUGCCGGGCGCUGCUCAGGCUGCUAGCGUCGGCGGCGCGGACUGGCGGAUCCAGCUCACGCGCGAGCACCGCGCGAAUCUCAUCGCCAAAAUCUACAAUGAGAUGGUGCGCGUGUCGGCAGACCCCGUGCCGGGCAUCAAGCUCUGGAUGAACGUGUCGUGGUACGAGCUGACGCUGUACAAGGAGUCGCGCACGCAGGAAGAAUACAUCAACAAGAUCUUCACCCGCCUCAAGUCGCUGCGCGCUCAGCAGACGGACAUGAAUGCGGUCAUGGCGGCGCAGACGCUGCCCAACCAGGGCAUGCUCUCGAGGCUGGACUUCUCCUACUACAACACGCUCAACCUGAACCAGCGCGCAGCCGCCCCCGGAGCUAAUGGCGCGCAGGUUGGAGGAUACCCGGGACACCCGCAGUUUGGCGGACCUGCCGGCCACCCCGGUGCUCAGCAGCCUCAGCAGCAGCAGCCGCAGCCGCAAGCUAAGCCUGUGGCUAUGGGUGCUGGAGGCAUGCCUGCGAACCCGGCGGCUCCCAACGGAGCGAAUACCACACCGCGGUCAGCGAAACCUGAUGGAACCGUUCUUGGUGAUAUGACGGCCGAGUACUGGCGGCAACACGCAGCGCUGAAGGCCAAGUAUCACGACGACGUGGAGAAGGUGCACAGCGCGUUCAAGAAGUACGUGGAUCACAUGAAGGGCCACGACGAGACCGAGCAGAAGAAAAAGUUGCGGUAUCUUCUCAGCUACGUGCAACUGUGCGCGAGUAUUCUCAACGAGGACAAGACGACCCAUGCUCCGCGCAAAAUCGAGGAGCUGGACAAGGUGUACAAGUACAUCGUAAAGAUUGUGAACCCGUAUUUAAAGAAGCUG